AAUGAGCACCAUCUAUCGCUAAUUAUAGAACCGAAAGUUUAUCUAACAUAACCUCAAAGUCGCUCUCAAAACAUGAAGAUUAACGAGAAAAACUUGUGUGCUUUUGCGAUUUCGGCUUCCCCAGUGGAUAAAGAGGGUUAUUUAAAUAAGCGGGGUGAAGUUAAUAAAAGCUUUCAAAAACGCUAUUUUGUGUUGAAAGGGAACUUGUUGUUUUAUUUCGAUAAAAAGGGCGACAAAGAACCUGUUGGUGUGAUCAUCUUGGAAGGAUGCACUAUAGAAUUAGCCGAGGAUGAAGAACAGUUUUGUUUUAAAAUCGAAUUCCACGGGACUAACAAUCGCAGUUAUGUUCUGGGAGCUGAAUCGCAGGAAUCAAUGGAGCAAUGGAUGAAAGCUUUGGCUUGUGCUGGAUAUGAUUAUAUGAAGAUAAUGGUUGCGGAUUUGCAGAGACAGUUGGAUGAUAUAGAUGAGCAGCCAUUACCGUUAGCCCAAGCGGCUGGUUCUCCGGUUCCACCACCAAGACAACGACAUAACCCUUUUAAUAAACCUGAGAGUAGCCCUCAAGUGACUAUAAGAUCAAGGCAAAAUAGGAUUGAAGAUGUUACUUCAAGAGAUUCAAUUGCAAAGGCAAGCAUUACUUUCCGAGAGUUGCAUAAUUCAUACGGGAGACCAAUUCUUGUUGAUUAUAACAGCUGGAAACACGAUCAAAGGAAAAUGCAGGAAGUAGUGACCGGAAAUUUAAUUAAUUUAUAAAUUUUUUUUUUUUAUUAUUUUAUCGUUAUAAGUAGAAAUAAAAUUUAAAAAACA